CACCCGUAUUGUUUACGGAUCAGGAGAGGCCGGUUAAGAUGGCGCCUGUUUCAUCUGCUGUGACAGCAUAAAUCAAAAUUGGACCUGUGUAGAAACCGGUGUAACAAUAUAGCGUUCACUCCAGCGUUAUAAUUUUCAUACAGAAUGAAGCCUGGUAAAGCAAAAGACUGUUGGACAGAGAAAAACUUUGCAUAUAAUUUCCAAGCUGGAGCUCAAAGCUUUGAUCUGACCGUGCCUCUUCAGUUCCCUGUGAAGGAAAACAUUGCUCAUUUGCAUGGACGUCUAAUGCUCUUGCACAACUUGCCAUGUUUUAUAGAGAAAGAUUUAAAAAAAUCUCUGUGUCAGUUUGUGGAGGAAGAAACCAUAAAAGAUUUUGACCGAGAAGCUGAGCAGGCGCUUGAAGCUGUAAAGUCAUCUUCAGUGGAUGUAGAACAGUUGGCCAACACAUGGAUGAAAUCUUAUAAAGAGACCACGCUAGAGCAUGCACGGCCAGAAGAACCAAACUGGGAUGAAGAUUUUGCUGAUAUUUAUCAUGAUUUGAUUCAUUCACCAGCUUCUGAAACUCUCUUGAACCUUGAACACAAUUACUUUGUCAGCAUAUCUGAACUGUUAUGUGAAAGGGACAUUGAGCUUAAAAAAUUACGAGAGAGGCAGGGUACAGAAAUGAACAAAGUAAUGCAGGAACUGGGAAAAUCUCUAACUGAUCAAGAUGUCAAUGCAGUUGCUGCCCAACAUUUUGAUUCUCAACAGAUUCUUGAAAAUAAAUGGAACACAGAGUUGAAACAAUUGUCUACCAUUCAAAAACAAGAAUACCAGGAGUGGGUGAUAAAGUUGCAUCAGGAUCUUAAGAACCCCAACAACAGUUUUAUUAGUGAAGAAAUUAAAGUACAACCAAGUCGUCUACAUGAGUCAGCAGAUUCCAGUUUAGGAGUUUAUGAAGAACAUCGGCAACUAGAAGAAAGCUUUACAAUUCAUUUAGGGGCGCAACUAAAGACUAUGCAUAACCUGAGGUUGUUAAGAGCAGAUAUGCUGGACUUCUGCAAACACAAGCGUAAUCUUCGCAGUGGAGUAAAAUUACACAGACUUCAAACUGCACUGUCCUUGUAUUCAACUUCAUUAUGUGGCUUAGUCCUAUUGGUUGACAACCGCAUUAAUUCUUACAGUGGUAUCAAAAGAGACUUUGCCACAGUUUGCCAGGAAUGCACAGAUUUUCAUUUUCCACAGCUACAGGAGCAAUUGGAAGUUGUUCAGCAAGUUGUACUUUAUGCCAGAGCACAGAGAUGCCAAAAGGCCAAGCAUCAAUAUGGCUCUGCAUAUGAAACUGAAGAAAGAGGAGAAAAGGUCAAAAACUCUGAACGCAACCAUUCCAAUUUACUGCCAGGAGAGUUCUAUGUGACUCGGCAUUCCAAUCUCUCUGAAAUUCAUGUUGUUUUUCACCUGUGUGUUGAUGACAACGUGAGAAGCGGAAACAUAACUGCUCGUGAUCCAGCAAUUAUGGGUUUAAGAAAUAUUCUCAAGGUGUGCUGCACGCAUGAUAUUACAACUAUUAAUAUACCUCUGCUGCUGGUGCAUGAAAUGUCUGAGGAAAUGACUAUACCGUGGUGUUCAAAAAGAGCGGAGCUUGUGUUUAAAUGUGUAAAAGGUUUCAUGAUGGAAAUGGUUUCCUGGGAUGGAGGCGUUUCAAGGACUGUACAAUUUCUUGUGCCCCAGAAUAUUUCAGAAGAAAUGUUUUAUCAGCUCAGUAAUAUGCUUCCUCAGAUAUUCAGAGUUUCUUCAACCCUUACAUUAACUUCAAAACGUUGAUUUGUUUCCAAAAUCAGAUUAAUAAUGAGAUUUUAAUGUUUAUCUUGCUAUCUUCAUUAAUGAUUUUGAGCCAUUGUUGAUUUGUUGUACCAAUUAACGCUUCUAUUAUGGUAUAUAAGACACCUAAUUCAGCUAUAGAAGGCCCUUACUAUAGCAGAUACCCUGGUGUAAUAAUUAUGGGUUGUUUUAUUGAAGUGCAACAACAAAGACAUUCCAUUUUGCUUUGUCUCUGCGGGCACUAUUUUAGAGUAUAAGAAGUCAUUUUGAAUAGGUCAUUUCUGUUUCAGUCAGUUUCGCCAUUUUAUAAUAGCCCCACAGUAUUUAUAAGUAGUCAGUAUAAAGGAACAAAGACAUAAUUUAGAUUUUGUCUACAUAAUAUUACAGACCAGUGCAACAGGCUUAUAAAUGUUACAAAGUGGUAUUUUUUAAAACAAACUAAAGUGGUUAAAUAUUUAUUUGGGAAGGUCACCUUUAUUACUUGUAUGUUAAUUAUUCUAAACUGAGCACUGUAAAAAAAAAAAUGGAUUACUAAUUUAUUUUCAGAUGCUAUAUACAUAUUAUCAUUGGACAACUAUAAAAGUUUACAAAUGCAAAUUGUAUCUGCUAACUUAUAAAGAUUAAAUGAAUUAACAGGAAAAUAA